AUGCUAAAGAAAUUGAUGGUUGACCAGCAGGCCCAAGAAGAAGCGAUGAGAAAUUUGGAGCGACAAAUGGGACAACUUGCCAGUGCCCAUAAUACUCGACUAGUUGGAGCUCUUCUAAGAGACAUUGAGGCUAAUCCUAAGACAUCUAUUAAUAAGCAGAAUAAAAGAAAAGCAAGGGAGUCAGAGAAACCAACUGAAGAGGCGGUGGCUAAGCAACCCCCACCAUUAGUUGCAAGUCCACCACCUCCGUUUCCUCAGAGAUUGCAGAAAGUGAAGGAUAAUGCGGCCUAUAAAAAGUUUCUUGAUAUUUUGAAGCAGGUGAAAAUCAAUAUUCCACUGGUAGACAUCCUUCAAGAAGUCCCCAAAUAUGCUAAAUACAUCAAGGGCAUAGUGGCAAAUAAGAGGAGGUUGAUAGCGUUCGAGACUGUGACACUCACUGAAGAAUCUAGCUUAAGAAUUCAAAGCAAGCUACCUCAGAAAUUAAAAGAUCCAUGUAGUUUCACUAUCCAAAUCUCGAUUGGUAAGCACGUAGUCGAGCGAGCUUUGUGUGAUCUUGGGGUGAGCAUCAAUUUGAUGCCACUAUCUGUAUUUAGACAGUUGGGGUUGGGUGAGUCGUGCCCAACCACGGUGAUUUUACAGUUGGCCGAUCGCUCCCUUGCUCAUCCUGAAGGAGUGAUUGAAGAUGUGUUAGUUCAAGUGGGUUCUUUCAUAUUCCUUGCUGAUUUCAUUUUCUUGGACUAUGAGCCUGAUUAG